AUGGGGUGCUGCCCGGGAGACUGCUUCAACUGCUGCUCCCAGGAACAAGACUGCUGUGAGGAGUGUUGCUGCCAGCAGGGCUGCUGUGGCUGCUGUGGCUCCUGCUGUGGCUCCUGCUGUGGCUGUGGAGGCUCUGGCUGUGGAGGCUCUGGCUGUGGAGGCUCUGGCUGCGGAUCUGGCUGCUGUGGGUCUAGCUGCUGUGGAUCUGGCUGUGGGGGCUGCGGAGGCUGCGGAGGCUGCGGAGGUUGUGGAGGCUGCGGGGGAUGCGGAGGCAGCUGCUGUGGCUCCGGAUGCUGUGGCACCGGAUGCUGUGGUCCAGUGUGCUGUCAGCCCACACCUGUUUGUGAAACGAAAUGA